AUGGAAAUUGCAUUCCUACCAUCGGCCGCCGUUGUACUUACGAGAAGAGAUGUAAACGUGGACCGGCCCCGUAGUCAUCUCCAUCAUUUUCUCCGCUCAAGCGUUAGUGGACUAGACCAGACUGUAUACGAUUCAGACCAGACCAAGCUUCACAAGUCACAGUUUCAUAGACCAAGCUUCACACAUCAAGCUUCACUCCAUCGUCUUCUCCACUCAAGCAUUGGUGGACUAGAUCAGACUCUAUACGAUUCAGACCAGACCAAGCUUCACAGGCCACAGCUUCACAGAUCAAGCUUCACUCCAUCGUCUUCUCCACUCAGGGUUGAUCGAGCAACUCCUUCUCCACUGGAUCUCUCAUUGCUCAAGCUUCACAGGUCACAGCUUCGGUCAGCGGUCCUUUAG